ACCACGUGAUCCGGGAGAGGCGGUAUGCUGGGCCCGCCAUUUUGCAUCCAAGUGCGGAGCGGUUCUACUUUCUAAACUGCGUUUCCUAAACUCGCAGUAUCGCGGAUACUCCAGGCCUCAGAUUUCGCAGCCUUCUGUCACACGCAGACUUCCUGUUGCGAGUUCUAGGAUUUUAUCCACACCUGGGUCAUUUUCCUUUCCUGAUGUCCUUUUUGACCUCUUAACCUCUGGCUCAAAGGUCAGCUCCUGGUUUCAUUACUCAGGCCUGGGAUUGGGGGGAAGAACACAAUCUAUAAACACUUUCCAUCACUAGCUCUAGGCUUGUAAGGCUCACUCCCUAGGCAUCUCAUUACAGAUCUGAGUCUUGAUAUCCCAAAAUUGACUCAGGGACUUUACAAAUUCAGGCCCAGAGAACUAAGACAAGAGGUUCAAAAUUUACCUUUCUAAGCCUCCAACCACAGUGCCUCCCCAGACCACAAAUCUCACUCUGGAUUUAAACACCCUGUUGACUCUCAGGUUUCUUGUGAAUUAGAUUAAUCCUAGUUCCUGUUCCUGUGAUUUCAAAGUUUAGCUCUGGUUAUUUAAACGCCACUGCUCAGCUCCCAAAUUGUGGAACUAGGUUCUAAAAUUUCCAUCCCUGAGACAAAACCUUUUGGGGAUUCCUGCCAACCCCGCGAUCUCUUCUGAAGACACCAAAAUGACUUCAUGCUCUCCUCCCUUGGAAUCCUCAGUCCCUUCUUUGAGACCCUCUGCACCCCAACCUGUCAUUCCAUCUCCUUCCCCAGUCCCAAGUCCUUUGGACUUACCUUUUCCACUAACUCACUGCAGUCUUCAAACUCCUGUCCCCCCACCACCUCCACUGCCUCCACCCCCUACCACGAGGGCUGCUCCCCCUCAUGUCUACGGCCUGGAGAAGAGCUGGCUGCUGAAGGAGGCCUUGGAGAAGGUAGGCCUAAACCCCAAGGGCAGAGAAGAUGUGAAGAGGCUCCUGAAGCUGCACAAGGACCGGUUCCGGAGUGACCUGCAGUGGAUCCUCUUCUGUGCUGACCUGCCGUCGCUCAUCCAAGAAGGCCCUCAGUGUGGUUUGGUGGCCUUGUGGAUGGCAAGCACUCUCCUGUCUCCUCCCAGUGGUGUCCCCCUGGAGAGACUUGUGCAGGUGGCUGUGGACAGAGGCUACACAGCGCAGGGAGAAAUGUUCUCUGUGGCUGACAUGGGCAGGCUGGCCCAGGAGACACUGGGCUGUCAGGCCAAGCUGCUCCGCAAUGGCCUGGGUGGCCCCAACAGAGACCUGGUCCUGCAGCACCUCAUCGCUGGACAUCCCCUGCUCAUCCCCUAUGAUGAAGACUUCAACCACGAGCCGUGUGAGCGGAAGGGCCACAAGGCCCAUUGGGCAGUCAGCGCAGGUGUCCUGCUGGGUGUGCAGGCUGUGCCACACCUUGGCUAUGCUGAGGACCCGGAGCUGCCUGGUCUCUUCCACCCAGUGCCCAGCACACCGUGCCAGCCUCCACUCUUACCUGAGGAAAGCUCCUCAGGAGCCAUUUUUCUUCUCUGCAAGCAAGGAAAGAGCUGGCACUACCAGCUGUGGGACUAUGACCAAGUCCGGGACAGCAACUUGCAGCUAACAGACUUCUCACCUUCCAGGGCUGCCGAUGGGCGGGUGUACGUGGUGCCCCCUGGUGGGGUACAGGCUGGCCUCUGUGGCCAGGCUCUGCUCCUCAGACCACAGGAGUAGAGCCACUAGCUGGGGCUGGGGCAUCUGUCCCCAGCUUGGCUUUGUCACCAUUUAGUGUCCCAGCUUUUCAGCCUGUACAGCAGUUACAAGUUUGGGCUGGAUCUUUGAGGGUCCCCCAUCCAUCCCAUCUCCAAGCCAUUUCUUCCAGGAAUGGUACUGGCAGAGCCCUCUAUAGAGGGAGACACUGGUAGCAAACAGACCCUGUGUCCUGUCCACAUCUCUCUCUGGAGACCACAUGUAAGCCACUGGCACCUCAUGAAGUCCACCCUCCCUCAGCUUCACUCUCCUUGGCCCAAGUUCUUCCUCACCCUCUGCCCCCUGCAGUGCCCGCCUCUUAGGUCCCCAGAUGGCCAGGCCGCCCCAGCCCGUGCUGAAUGUCACUCCUACUUUUCCAUGUUGACUCUGGUAUCACUUCCUCAGGGAAGAGAUCCUCAGCCCAGGCUGCCAUCAACCUUCUGGUUGUGCUUGUGAGAUAGGGGUUGUUUGUUUGUUUACUGGCACCGGGGAUCUAACUCACUACCACUCGCUUGCAAGGCAGGCACUUAUGCCACUGAGCUAAAUCCCCAGCCCUGAGAUACGGGUUUUAAAGCAGUUACAUGCACAACUCUUCCAGUGUCAGUUCAUCAAGAACUCCGCCCUGUACAGGAGGUACUAGAUUCCCCGUCUUAGGACAUUUUCUGUUGCACAAAAUCCCUGAGACCUCAGCAUUCUGGAGUCCGAGAAGUCAGAGCACGGGGACAGCUUUCUCAUUGUCAGCAAGCAAGCUAGCUUGGGUCCCUUCCUCUUAGAAAGCCCGCUGCUGCCAUGGUGGAGCCACCCACCCCAGUGACCUCAUCUAAUCCUAAUUACCUCGCAGAGACCCUAUUCAGAUACCAUCAACCCAUGAAUUGGGGGAUUUAGGUUUUCAGCAGGUGAACUUUGGGGAAUGGGGUCACACCAUAACACCCCUCCUAUUUGACCGAUGACUAAGAUCUGGAGAAGUUGGGUCACUGCCCUGAAGUCACAUGGCUAGCAAGUGGCAGGAUUAGGAUUCAGAACAAAUAGCCUCUGGUCACCAGCUGGACUAUCUGUGGAUCCCUGAACCUCACUACGGAGCUGACCGAAAACUGUUCUUCCUCUGUGUGUCCAAACAAAGGUACAGCUACAUGGUGAACGUUGUGGUUCUCACAUUAAUGAGUAGCAGUCACCUCCACUUGGAAAGGGAAUAUUAUCUUGUCUUGGUCAUUGCAGUGUUCCCAGUGCCCAGCAAAGGGUCUCACUUAGGGAAACUGUACAGUGUACUGGUCCUAACCAAUAAAGAAGAGGUAUGACCCCA